AAGAAAGUCAUACGAACACGAAGCCGAGGCGAGCACGUCAAAUAUCACUUCGCCUCUUUACUCAUAUUUUCCAGGUCAGCAAUCGUUUUUGGUUUGCUGUUCAAUCAAAAGUUAACAAUUAUAAAGAAUGCCUGCUCCUGCUAGUUCAACGUCCGUCGGCAGCGGCUCACGCUCGCCCAGCAAAUUGUCCGCGCCACGUAGCGCCGGAGCUGGAGGUGGGAGCACGCUGAAGCAGCGCAAGACGACCAGCAGCACCACCGCAGCCAGAAGCCGUGCCCCUGGUGGUGCCGGUACUGGUGGUAUGUGGCGUUUCUACACAGACGACUCCCCCGGAAUCAAAGUUGGACCCGUUCCUGUCCUGGUUAUGUCGCUGUUGUUCAUUGCUUCCGUUUUCAUGCUGCACAUUUGGGGCAAAUACAAUCGUUCUUAAGCCAUUACGUUCAUAGCCAAUAAAAUACUUUCACCUCAACGAACGUGAGCACUGUCGACGUCAUCAUUUCUUUCAUACCGAAACAGAAGCAGCAGCAGCCAAAACAUGAACAACAUAAUUAUCUGCAUUCCGCUUGUUGAGGCAUUGGUGUGUUUUCCACAUGAAAUUAUUACCUUAAGCUAAGUUUUUUUCCCUUCUGCGUUGUUAAAAACAUGAACGUAAUAUUUUCAAAAUUUGCUAACCCUUCGCCCUGCAAAUCUCGAUCUCUCAUGAUGAGAGCUUCCGUAUUUUGCCGACUAAGAAUUCCAAUCCACAAUUUAUCGUGGUCGAGUGCAUUCGAAAUUCCGCGUCUAACCGUUGCAACUCAAAAUUUGUAAGAAUAAACAAGUGUUAAGAACAAA